AUGGGGGAGGCACAGGACUACCUGGCCGACGGCAGCCCGCUCAUCGGCGCCGCACACCUGGGCAAGUUCCGCCUGGUGCGCCUGCUAGUGGAGGGCGGAGCCCAGAUCAACGAGCGGAACCAGAGAGGGGAGACCCCCCUGCUGGCGGCCUGCAAGGCCCUGGGGGGUCAGCAGGGGGGCGGCCCCUCCCUCAGGCUCCUCCAGUACCUGCUGGAGAACCAGGCGGACCCCAACAGCCAGGACAAGGCGGGCCGCACCGCCCUCAUGUACGCCUGCAUGGGGAGGGCGGGGCCGGAGGUGGCCGCCGCCCUCAUCGCGGCCGGAGCCGACCCCAGCUUGGAGGACUACGGGGGGGCGUCCUCGCUGGUCUACGCCAUUAACGCCCGCGACCAGGACACGCUGCAGGUGUUGCUGGACGCCUGCAGGCAGAAGGGCCGCGACAUCAUCAUCAUCGCCACAGAGCUCACGGCGGGGGGCGGAUCCGUCACCCGGCGCUACCUUAACGUGCCGCCCUCUCCGCACUCCUCGCCCGUCGCCUGCAUGUCGCCCUCGGAGAUCGAGCUGAAGACGGGUUCGCCCGGCUCCGACACCGGCGGCGUUUUCGACUUCCGAGGCGCCGAAAAGGGGGAGGAGCCAGGCCCUGGGGGGGACCGCUCCCGCGGCGUUCGCCUCCGCUCCGAACCCUUCCUGGCCCUCCAGGAGCCGGAGUGGCGGGACGCCGCCGCCGAGGAGAGGCGGUUCCUGUCGCCGGGUCGGCCCGCUCACGGCGUCGGCCGCAGGUGGUCCCUCCACUCGUUGGGAGGCAACGAGGGGGCCGAGACGCGGCUGCGGCAGGGAAAGCCGCCUCCGAGACCUCCCUCGGAGAGACCACCCCCCUCCGACAAGCCCCUUCUGCUGGCCCGCAGGAACACCCUCCCCACCGUGCAGGACCAGCCCCUGGUGCAGCAGCUGUCCCCGCGGGCCCCCCUGGCGUGCCGAGCCCCCGUUUCCGGCGAAGCCCCCGCCGGGACAUCCCUUGCGCCCGACCCCGGCGUCAGGCGGAGGGUCCGGUCCCCCGCCAGGGCCGGCUUCCUGCCGCCCCUCCCCGUGAGCCCCGCCUCUCUGGCGCAGGUGGGGGGGGAUCGCGGCAGGAGGCUGCGCAGCAGCUCGGUGCAGCUGGAGCGGGGGGGGGAGCAGAGGAGCACGUCACACGGGGAAGGGGACCGCGGGUUCGACACCGAGCGCCUCCCGUUACAAACGGUUUCCAAGUUUCAUAACCGCCGUGUAAACGAUUCACGAUCCGCGCCAUCGCUGCAGUGA